GUUGUUUUCGAACCGUUGAGCGGACUGAGGAGUGUUUUUAUUUAUUUAUUUAUUAUUUUACAUUUGACAGUUUAGUUGUGCGUCUGGUCCUAUCCUCAAAUCCCCUUAGUUAAUUUACCCUCAUCUUUUGUUGUGUUUUUUACAAACUUAACCUUCUCAAAUAAAUCAUGUCUGACUCAGAGGCAGUUGUAGAAAAAAGACGUGGACGUCCUGCUAAGACUGAUAAUCCACCAAAAGAAACAAAGAAACGAGCUCAUGAGACCGAAAAAAAAGAGGUAGUUAAAAAAGAUGAAGAUGGGGUUCCAGCUAAAAGAGGAAGAGGCCGUCCACCUAAAUCUGGUGCAUCUGCUACCAAAAAAUCACCUAAACCUAAAAGCAAGACUGGUAAACGUGGUCGUCCUAAAAAGGGUGAAAAGAAAGAAAAAGAAGAGUCUGCAGGAGAUGAGAGCAAAGAAGAAAAUGAAGAAGAUGAAUAAAAAUUGUAUUAGGAUUAAACUCAUUUUAUGUGUGUUCCGUGUGAAGCGUGUCCUAAUUUUAGAAUACAUGAUGAAAAUAAUUAAUUUUCCUUAGAUUAAGUACCAAUUGUACAACUUUACCCAGUAUUUAUAGAAUCUAGCCAAUUCUAAGUUUAACUAUUAAUGAAACUUAAGUUGAGACUUGGUGAAACAAAUUUAUUUUAUAAUUUCAAACUAUUAUUGUAACUUUUAAUUUUACUUAUGAAAUCCUACUUUUCUAUAAGGAAUUUUUAUUUUGUACCAUUAAUUUAUAUUAAAUAAACUUUUUUACUUAUUUAUAUUGAAAAUCGUAUCACUAGAUUUUUAUUAAAUAUAAUAAUACUUUGAUAAAUUA